AUGUCACUCCAAACGCCCCUCUGCAAGCUCCUCAAAAUCCAACACCCAGUGCUCCUAGCAGGAAUGGCCCGCGCCUCAGGUGCUCCUCUAGCAGCAGCAGUCUCCAACGCCGGCGGUCUAGGAACAGUAGGCGGACUAGGCUACACGCCCGAGCAGCUCAGCGAAAUGCUAACAGAGCUGAAAUCCCUACUGCGCGACCCAUCUCUGCCCUUCGGCGUAGAUCUCGCUCUGCCACAAGUUGGCGGGUCUGCGCGUGCUACCAACCACGACUACACGCACGGCCAGCUGGACGAGCUAGUCGAGGUUGCCAUUUCUCAUGGCGCGAAACUGUUCGUCUCGGCCGUUGGUGUCCCCCCUGAGAAGACUAUUAAGCGGCUGCAUGAGGCUGGAGUUUUAAUAAUGAAUAUGGUUGGCGCGCCUAAGCAUGCUGAGAAGGCGCUUAAGCUUGGUGUUGAUAUUGUCUGUGCGCAAGGUGGAGAGGGUGGUGGGCAUACCGGUGAUGUGCCGUUCUCUGUGCUUGUGCCUGCUGUUGUGGAUGUUGCUAAGCGAUAUAAGAGUCCGCUGACUGGGGAGCCGGCGUUGGUUGUUGCUGCCGGGGGUGUUAAUGAUGGGCGCAGUCUGGCGGCGUCGUUGAUGUUGGGUGCUGCUGGUGUUUGGGUCGGCACGCGCUUUGUUGCGUCUGAGGAGAGUGGUGCUAGUCGGUUGCACAAGGAGGCUGUUGUUGGGGCUAGGUAUGGUGAGACGAAGAGGACUUUGGUUGUUAGUGGCCGACCUUUGCGCAUGUUGCCUAAUGAUUAUGUAAAGGAGUGGGAAGGGAGGCCCGGGGAUAUUGCUAAGUUGACUGCUAAGGGGGUUGUGCCUAUGAUGGAUGAUUUGGAGAAUGAGAAGGAUAUUGAUAUGCCUUUCCUUAUGGGUGAUGUGUCGGCCAGUGUUACGGCGAUCAAGCCGGCUGGAGUUAUUGUCAAGGAGAUGGUGGAGCAGGCGGUUGAUAUGCUGAAGGUUGGUGGUUCGUUCAUUACCACAGGGGCUGUGAGCAAGCUGUAG